AUGGUGGCGUCAUCUUCUACCACAGACCCUGCGCCGGGGACUGCCGAUCCAUCCAAGUUAGCGACAACAACCGUCAAGGUGGAUGGGAUGACAUGCAGCGCCUGCACGUCUGCCGUCGAAGGAGCUUUUAGUCGGGUUGAUGGGGCCGCAGACGUGUCUGUGAGCUUAGUGCUGGGAAGAGCCGUGGUGCACCAUGAUCCGACCUUGCUACCGGCCGAGAAAGUCGCGCAAAUCAUCGAGGACCGCGGUUUUGAUGCCACUGUUCUUUCCACCGAGACGCUUUCGAGAGAGCCCGAUGACCAUGGCAGAAACUUGCUACAAAAUGACGACCAGUCGGAAUUUUCAAUAACUACCUUGGCUGUGGAGGGCAUGACCUGCGGCGCAUGUACCUCUGCCGUUGAGGGAGGCUUGGCAGACGUCCCGGGAGUUAGAUCAGUGAAUGUUUCCUUGCUUUCAGAGCGUGCUGUGGUAGAACAUGAUGCGACAAAGGUUACGCCGGAACAACUUGCUGAAAUAAUCGAGGAUCGUGGGUUUGGUGCUAGUGUACUAAGUACGGAGCGUGGGAGUGCGCAUCAUCCCCCUCAGGAUGGCAUAAACACGGAGGAUAGCCCCCAGGCUAUGGUUACCACUGUAUCCAUCGGAGGUAUGACAUGCGGCGCCUGUACGUCGAGUGUGCAGAACACCUUCAAAGACGUCGAGGGCCUGAUUCAAUUCAACAUCAGUCUGCUUGCUGAACGCGCCAUUAUUGUCCACGAUCCUUCCAUUCUCUCACCAGAGAAGAUCACAACGUUGAUUGAAGAUGCAGGCUUCGAUGCGACUGUGGUUUCAUCGCAAGCUCACGCGUUCUUGUCCCAAUCGCCGCAUCAUGUAAGAUUGAGUCUUCAUGGUCUUCGCGAUGCAUCGUCCGCAACUGCAUUAGAGGCUGCUCUUCUCCGAAUAAUCGGUAUCACCUCAGCGUCAAUAAAAAUGGCCACAUCUGAACUCUCGGUCUCAUAUGACCCAGCUGUGAUUGGAAUCCGGUCGGUCGUCGAGGCGAUUGAGGCUGAAGGAUAUAAUGCCUUGUUAUCCGAUGCCAAUGAUAACAAUGCACAACUUGAAUCACUGGCGAAAACGAAGGAGAUACAGGAAUGGAGACACGCGUUCUUUUUCUCUGUGUCUUUUGCGAUUCCUGUCUUUGUUAUCAGUAUGAUACUGCCGAUGUAUCUUCCAGCUCUCGACUUUGGCCGUUUCGCCAUAUUGCCUGGUCUUUAUGUUGGAGACUUGACGUGUCUUGCCCUUACAAUACCCGUGCAAUUUGGCAUAGGCAAACGAUUCUAUGUAUCCAGUUUUAGGUCGUUAAAGCAUCGUGCGCCGACAAUGGACGUGCUUGUCAUGAUGGGCACAUCAGCUGCAUUCUUCUACAGUGUUUUCGCUAUGGCUGUAGCAGUUAUCUCCUGCAGACCUGGCGCCAGACCUAGCACAGUUUUUGAUACGAGUACCAUGCUCAUUACAUUCAUCACCCUAGGACGGUGGAUGGAGAACAGGGCUAAAGGACAGACCUCUGCGGCUCUCUCUCGUCUAAUGUCUCUAGCUCCUUCCAUGACAACGAUAUACGAUGACCCAAUAGCUGCCGAAAAGCUAGCCGACGAAUGGAAUACUGAAAAUGGUGCUUCAGAUAACCAAGCAACGGCUCCAACGCACAAUGGAAUGUUGAACGGUCAAAAGGUCAUUCCAACGGAACUUAUUCAGGUCGGCGACAUUGUUAUUCUACGGCCAGGCGAUAAGGUCCCCGCGGAUGGUAUCGUCAUUCGUGGUGAAAGCUAUGCGGACGAGAGCAUGAUCACAGGAGAAGCUGUCCCAAUUCGUAAAACAAGGGGCAGCCUUGUCGUCGCCGGAACGGUUAAUGGCACAGGGUCCGUAGACUUCAAGGUUACCCGAGUUGGCAAAGACACCCAGUUAAGCCAGAUCGUGAAGCUGGUUCAAGAUGCGCAAACGAGCCGUGCUCCAAUCCAACGAAUGGCUGAUAUUGUUGCCGGCUAUUUCGUUCCGGCGAUUCUCAGUCUCGGACUGGUUACUUUCUUCGGCUGGAUGUUUGUGAGCCAUGUACUACCGCACCCUCCCAAAAUUUUCCUAGUGGAAGAGAGUGGCGGGAAACUCAUGGUGUGCUUGAAGCUCUGCAUUUCUGUCAUUGUAUUUGCAUGCCCAUGCGCCUUAGGCCUUAGUACGCCAACCGCAGUCAUGGUUGGCACUGGUGUCGGCGCAGAGCACGGCAUUCUAGUCAAGGGUGGUGCUGUUCUCGAGGCCGCGACGAAAGUCAACCAUGUGGUUCUUGACAAGACUGGAACCUUAACUUCCGGAAAAAUGAAUGUGGCCGAGACCAGACUUGAGCCGAAUUGGACAUCAAAUGAGUGGAGACGUCGCCUCUGGUGGUUGAUCAUAGGUCUUGCAGAAAUGGGAAGUGAGCACCCUGUCGGAAAAGCGAUCCUCGCAGCAGCCAGGAUUGAAUCAGGUCAUCUUGGAGAAGGAGAACUACCUGGAAGUAUAUGCGAUUUUGAAGCUUGUGUUGGUGAAGGUGUAUCCGCCGUCGUUGAGCCUACCUCUAGCGCUGAGCAGAUCCGGUAUCGUACUCUGGUUGGUAAUGCCAAGUUGUUGCACUCGAGAGGUGUGCAAAUCCCUGAGUCAAUCGAUACUGGUUUGAAAGUGCCGGAACGAGACUCAGAGGAUUCCGUCUCUGUCCCCAAACCGGAUACUCCUGUCGGUUUAACCCAGAUCCAUGUGGCAAUCGACGGUCUGUAUGCUGGUACCAUCUCGCUGCGUGAUACUAUUAAGCCAACUGCCGUAGCUGCUAUUGCAGCCCUACAUCGAAUGGGAAUCUCAACCUCCCUGGUGACAGGUGACACAUACGAAUCCGCCAUAUCCGUCGCAAAGGCCGUCGGCAUUCCAAGUGUGGCAGUUCAUGCUUCUAUUUCGCCGUCUGACAAGCAGUCUAUCGUCUCCUCUCUUCAAUCAUCAGGCGACCGUGUCGCCAUGGUAGGCGACGGCAUCAACGAUUCUCCUGCCCUUGCCACAGCCAGCGUCGGAAUUGCCCUAGUCACCGGCACAGAUGUCGCCGUCGAAGCAGCCGACAUAGUCCUGAUGCGUGCAGACGAUCUCCUUUCAGUUCCCGCAAGCCUGAUUCUCUCUCGCUCGGUUUUCAACCGUAUCAAGCUAAACUUGCUUUGGGCAUGUCUUUACAACGUCAUUGGCCUACCCUUUGCCAUGGGUCUCUUCCUCCCUUUUGGGGGUUUUAUGUUACCCCCAAUGGCGUCGGCUGCGGCCAUGGCUGCAUCCAGCAUUUCUGUGGUUGUCAGCAGUCUUCUCCUGAAAUUCUGGCGACCUCCACGAUGGAUGGACGUUGUGCGGCUUGAAAAGGAGGCUGGGGUGGGCAAUAUUACUUCGCCUUAUUCUUCUUUAUCGAAGAAGAGCUGGUCCGCAACAUACACGUCUUUCUUUCCCGGUAAGAUCAGAAGUACUGCCAGUAUCUUCUGGUCAUUUAUCACCGGUGGGAAAUCCAAGGUCGUUAGGGCUAAUGAGGGAUAUAUUCCACUUGGGACAGUGGAGCCAGCUGCAUAA